UUUCUCUCAUGUUUGUGUGAGUGUCUUUUGUUUUUCUCACAGUCUUUAAAGUCUUUGUGAGCCUGUGUAUGGGAACAGAAAAUUAAAGGGGCCUCCCCCACUACUUUUAAAUCUUUUCUCAGAUUGGAAAUGUCUCUCCCUUUUUUCAGGGCGGGCAGUGUUUGGUGACGAGGCAGUGAACAAUGAAUACCUAAAAAACACUGUAUUGGUCGUGGAAAUAAUUAGCUGGACCUCACCACACCUCAUCCUCAUGGACCUGCAAGCUGCUCCUCUUCUUAUCUACACACACAUGACCCAUACUGUUUGCACUCAUCAAAUGGAGAAAUAACAUACAUAUUGCUGUAUAUUCUUUACUCUACAUUUAAAAAAUAAAUAAUAAUAAUAAUUAUCUAGGUAGAGAGGGAGAGAAUAUGGAUGAACUAUACAGGCUCCAGUUUGGGUCAAGUGAGGGCAUUAAUUGGAACCCUAACAGUGAGUUCCUUGGAGAUGGCAACAGUGACGACAUUAAUAAUGGCGGAGGACAACAACAACAACAUCGUCAACUGCUUGUAACAGAUGAAAACCAUAAUAAGGGGCUGAUGUCAGACGUAAUCAAGGCCCAGAUUGCUAGUCACCCUUUAUAUCCCACCUUACUCUCUGCCUAUAUUCAAUGUCGAAAGGUUGGGGCGCCACCAGAAAUGGCUUCGGUUCUUGAAGAAAUCAGCCAUGAAAAUCUUCCCAUGUCCACUUGUUCUCAAAUCGGAGCAGAUCCUGAACUUGAUCGUUUCAUGGAAUCAUAUUGUGAGGCACUACAGAAAUACAAGGAGGAGGUUUCAAAGCCAUUUGAUGAGGCAACAAAUUUCUUAAGCAAAAUUCAAUCUCAGCUCACAGACCUCUGCAAACAAACCCUACCAUCAACCACUUAUUCCUCCUAUCCUUGGCCUGGCUUGACAUUAAAGAUUUGUUAUGGGAUAAAAAUCAGAACCGAUUUUUUUACCUUUGCUAGAAAAGUCAAAGAUGGUGGUUGUUGUCCAUCAGACGAGGACUUGAGCUAUGGAGAAAUGGAUGCAAAUGGAAGUCGAGAAUCUAACAACAAUCCUGAAGGUGAUGGUGAGCUUAAACAGAUGCUAAUGCGCAAAUACAGUGGCUACCUAAGUAGCCUGAGGAAAGAGUUCCUCAAAAAGAGAAAAAAAGGUAAACUGCCUAAGGACGCAAUUGUUACAUUGCUCGACUGGUGGAACGCACAUUAUAGGUGGCCUUACCCCACGGAAGAGGAGAAGAGCAGAUUGUCGGAAAUAACCGGAUUAGGCCAGAAGCAGAUAAACAACUGGUUUAUCAACCAGAGAAAACGACACUGGAGACCCUCAGAGGACAUGAGAUUUGCUCUCAUGGAAGGGAUUGGUGGCAGUGGUAAUAAUGCAGGAUCUACAUAUUCGGAUGCUACAGGAGGAAACGGUAGCAUUGGAAUUUGACCAAACUAACCUUUUGGCAGUGUAUUUGAUUUGGCAGUUGAGAAUAUCCGACUUAUGGCUGGAUGGGACAGUAGUUGUUGGUGUAGUUUGCUGCAUUUUGUGGACAAUAUGUGGAUUGAACCUUUUAAAUGCAUAAUAAUAAGUACAUUGAGUUUGCUCUGCUUCCAUUAUGUUUGGGUUCAAAGUCUCAAGACUUAAAUUCAUCUGAACCAUUUGAGUAAUAUGCCAGGACAG